AUGUCUCCCAAGGGCCUAGGCUGGAUCAUCGUCGACAGCUUGGACACAAUGAUGCUCAUGAAUUUGACCCAGCCCCUCGCUGACGCCAGGAGGUGGCUGCACCGCAGCCUCACUUGGGACCAAGACCAAGACGUAAAUACCUUUGAGACCACGAUCCGUAUGCUGGGCGGCCUUCUAUCGGCACACUAUCUCUCAACCCAGCUGCCGCAUGUCGCAUCCAAAAGAGACUCUGUUUAUCUCUCGAAGGCGAUCGACCUGGCGGACCGGCUCCUGGUGGCGUUUGAAUCCAACUCUGGGAUCCCGUAUGCGAGCGUCAAUAUCGGCAAGAGGGAGGGCAUCGCCUCGCAUGCGGAUGGUGGGGCUUCGUCCACGGCUGAGGCUGCGACUGUACAGCUUGAGAUGAAGUAUCUUUCCCACUUGACUGGAAAUGACGUUUACUGGAAAAAAGCAGAGCGCGUCAUGAAGGUGCUGGAUGACCAGAAGAUGGAGGGUGGACUACUUCCCAUCUUUGUGCAUCCGAGCCACGGACAGUUCACGACGAGGGAGAUUCGGCUCGGAAGUCGAGGUGACUCGUAUUAUGAGUAUCUUGCGAAGCAGUACCUCCAAACAGGCGAAUCCAUCUACCGCGACAUGUGGGAUGACGCCUUGGGCGGCAUCGCGAGACACCUCGUCACGACAACGCGGAACGCAGCACUGAAGUUCGUUGCAGAGCUUCCGACCGGCGUGGGAGGACCGCUAUCUCCCAAGAUGGACCAUCUCGUCUGCUUUCUUCCGGGCACAAUCGCCAUGGCUGCAACAGAAGGGCGGCCUCUUGCGCAAGCCCGUCGUGACCCGGGCUGGACGGCUCAGCACGAAGACGACAUCGAACUCUCGAUCGAGAUCAUGAACACCUGCUGGGGCAUGUAUGCCGUCACUGACACUGGUCUCGCCCCCGAGAUUACGUGGUUCAACGCCACAGAAGCAGACUUACAGCCCGGACCUGGCGACAGGUGGUUACGUAAAGAAAGCAGUGUACUGUCGAAGUGGAAAAAGGACUUCAUCAUCAAGCCCCUCGACGCUCACAACCUGCAAAGACCCGAGACGGUAGAGAGUCUGUUCAUGAUGUACCGCAUCACUGGCAAUGCCAUGUACCGAGAAUGGGGCUGGAAGAUUUUCCAAUCGUUCCAGAAGCAUACUUUGGUGCCGGACGGAGAGGGGUAUACUAGUAUGGAUGAUGUACGGACGGUGCCCGCGUCAACGAGGGAUAAUAUGGAGAGUUUCUGGCUGGCUGAGACUCUGAAGUAUUUAUACUUGCUAUUCUCGCCGACGGACUACAUGCCAGUAACAGAGGUCGUCUUCAACACAGAGGCUCAUCCUUUUCCAAGGUUUACGCCAAGGAGUUCUUUAAAGACUGGCUGGGAAAGGCUGCCGCGAUGA